AUGGCUUCACUGAUGCUCAGUGGAACAGGAAAGCUCACAGUGUUGAAUUGCAGAACCCCAAAUGGAUUAGGUUUCACAACUUCAGAUUUCCAUGGUAAGAGCUUAAGUUUCCCCAAAUCGAGUAUCAAUGCCACUUCUAGGGUUUCAUAUUCGAGGACCAAUUUAGUACCUAAGUGUAGUAGUUCUAGUGUUUCAUCAUCAUCUUCGAGGCCAAGCUCACAACCUAGGUUUAUACAACACAAAAAAGAGGCGUAUUGGUUUUAUAGGUUUCUCUCAAUUGUGUAUGACCAUGUUGUAAACCCUGGUCAUUGGACUGAGGAUAUGAGAGAUGAGGCUCUUGAACCGGCUGACCUCACUGAUAGGAAUAUGCUUGUUGUUGAUGUUGGUGGUGGGACUGGUUUUACCACUUUGGGUAUUGUUAAGCAUGUGGAUGCUAAGAAUGUCACCAUUCUUGAUCAGUCGCCUCAUCAGCUUGCUAAAGCUAAGGAAAAGGAACCGCUUAAAGAUUGUAAAAUAAUUGAAGGGGAUGCUGAAGAUCUCCCCUUUAAAACUGAUUAUGCUGAUAGAUAUGUAUCUGCAGGAAGCAUUGAAUACUGGCCAGAUCCACAGCGUGGCAUCAAGGAAGCAUACAGAGUUUUGAAACUUGGGGGAAAGGCAUGUUUAAUUGGACCUGUCCACCCAACAUUUUGGUUGUCACGUUUCUUUGCAGAUGUAUGGAUGCUUUUCCCUACAGAAGAAGAGUAUAUUGAAUGGUUUACGAAGGCAGGGUUUAAGAAUGUCCAAUUAAAAAGGAUUGGCCCAAAAUGGUACCGCGGAGUUCGCCGUCAUGGCUUGAUUAUGGGUUGUUCGGUGACUGGUGUUAAGCCUGCAUCUGGGGAUUCUCCUUUGCAGCUUGGUCCAAAGGAAGAAGAUGUUGAAAAGCCUGUAGAUCCUUUUGUCUUCUUACCACGGUUUAUUUUGGGUGUCCUGGCAGCUGCAUGGUUUACAUUAGUUCCUAUUUACAUGUGGCUCAAAGAUCAAAUUGUUCCCAAAGGUCAGCCAAUAUGA